AUGCGCAUCGCGGCCGAAAUCGCCUCGGCCUUGCUCUGCCUGCACCAGUCCCACCCGCCCAUCCUCCACCGCGACCUCAAACCCGACAACAUUCUCCUCGACCAAUCACGCACCAGCAAGGUUGCUGAUGUGGGCCUCUCCUGCGUCGUCCCGUCCUCCAACGUGGUAUUUACCCGGAAAGUCCGCGGGACAAUCGGGUUUAUAGACCCCGAGGCGGUGGAAUCGGGGGAGUUGACGACCAAGUCGGAUGUGUAUGCGUACGGAGUGGUGCUGAUGUUGUUGCUGACGCGCUUCCCCGCUGCUAGGGACCUGCACAGGUACCUGAGCUCGCUCCCGUUUGAGGUUAUGCAGAGCCCUGCACGUGCUGCUACUGCACCCCCCACUCACCGUGCCUCCCUGUAUACGCAGCGGGAAGCGUGUACUUUCAACCCCUGGGCUGUUGCCAACGCUGCUGGCAGCGGCAGCAACACCAGCGGCGACGGCAGCCGCAGCAGCAGCGGCAGCAGCAGCGGCAGCAGCAGCAGCGUGGGAGUCGCGGGGGUAGCGGGACGGUUGGGCUCUGAGCAGCAUGGGAGCAGUGUGGCAGACACAGCUGGUGCUGGCGAUUUGCCUGAGAGACACCUUCAGGAGGCACACGGGGAUGAGGCACCUUCAGCUGCGUUGCAAGAUGGGGAGGAAGGGGGUGUGGGUGGAGAUGCGGCCACCAUCACAAACGGGUUUGCCCAGGAGAACUUUAUCGUGAACGGGGACCCUGGCUCCCUGUGUUACGGGCGGCUGGAUCUGACCCAUUACACCGUGACAGCUGGCGGCGAAGAGCUCGCAACUGGCAAGCAGCAGCAUGCAAGCAGCUCCCGUGGGAGCAGUGAUGGUGAGAGGGAGGGCAAGCCGGGUGAGAGCAGCCGUGGGGGCACCCUGCACGAUGAAAGCAGUGAUGGUGAGGGGGAGGGCAAGCAGGGCAUGGAGGAGGAGGUGGCAGUCACCCAAGGCGCCCAUGGGAGCAGGGAUAGUCAAACUGAGGGCACGGAAGAGGAGGUGGCAGUGAGGCUGCUCCGUUUCGCCGGCAAGCAGGAGGCCAGAGAGGCGAUGCAGGCGUUCGCAAGAGAGGUGGAUGUUCUCCUGCGCGUGCAAGAUGUGCAGCACCACCCGCACAUUAUCCGCCUGGUGGGCCGCUGCAAGGACCCCCUCUCGGUUUCCCUCGCGCUCGUAUACAAGUUCAUGCCGGGGGGCAGCCUGCAGGAGCAGCUGCUGAUGGCCAAGCUCUGGGAGACCAAGGUGGCUCAUUACUUCGGUCCAGAGGCUUCCAAAAUGACUCAUGCUGAAGCCGCAGCGGCAGCGGCAGCAGGAACACUUUCGUUACCCCCGCCUCCUUCUCCCGCGCGCUCUUUCCCUCCGCCGCUCCCCCUCCACCUCUCCUGGCGCGACCGAAUGCGCAUCGCAGCCGAAAUCGCCUCGGCCUUGCUCUGCCUGCACCAGUCCCACCCGCCCAUCCUCCACCGCGACCUCAAACCCGACAACAUUCUCCUCGACCAAUCACGCACCAGCAAACUCGCUGGCAUGGGGCUGUCCUGCGUUGUCCCGUCCUCCUCCUCCUCCUCCUCCUCCUCCUCCUCCUCCUCCUCCUCCUCCUCCUCCUCCUCCUCCUCCUCCUCCUCCUCCUCCUCCUCCUCCCAUCCCGUGGUCACGGGGGACGUGCGUAGGACGCCAGGGUUUGUCGACACAGAGACAAUUCUUCUAAAGGCUACGACAGUGAAAACAGACGUGUAUGCGUACGGGAUGGUGCUCAUGCUUCUGCUCACCCGCUUUCCGGAGGUCGAGGAUGUGAUUGGGUACCUCCACUUCAUGCCCUCGGAGAUCCGGUGGAACCCUGCGCGUGUUGCUGCUCUUACUGCGGGGCUUGAGGGCACAGGUACUGGCAGUGGCAGUGAGAUUGACGACCGCAUGGGUGGCGUCAGCAGCGGAAGUGUGGGGCAGUUGGAUCCGUCAGCAGGGGAGUGGGAUUUGGGGUUGGCACACCGGCUGCUGGUGGUGGCGAUGAGGUGCUUGGAAAGGACGUCAGAGCGACGGCCGUACAUGGAAGAGGUGAUGCACGCUGUGGGCGCAGUGGCUAGGGAUGCUGCAGCCUUGGGGGCAAAAGGAGUGGAGUGA